AUGUGGAGAUCAAAGAAAGUGGUGGAGUUGGAUGCCUCCGCUCCUAUCGAAGAGAUUGUUAAAGUGAUUCAACGCGACGGAGGUAUCAUCAUCAAAAACUUCCUAAGCACUGAAAUCAUCGACCAGAUUCAUGCCGAAGCCCAACCUUACUGGGGUAAGCUUGGAAAAUACGUCGGUAAGCUGUUCGACGCAGCAGACCCUCCUCUCAGUGGCUUUGCUGGCAAGUCUUCGACCUUUGCCCACAAGGCAAUCAACCAUCCGACUUAUCGGGAGGUUUCCAAAGCUCUCCUGAAGGAGGAAUCGAACGUGUAUCGCGAUGGACAGAGAUACAAUACAGUCUCAUAUCCAGUUUUAGCUGUCUCCGAGGCGUUUAACCGCGGGUCGCCCUCUACCGCUCAACAGCUUCAUCGCGACGAUAUGGCACAACAUUUCGAUCAUCUUGAGGGCAGCGGAGAGAGCUCCUUGUUGGGUCUGUUGGUCGCGGGUGUGGAUACCAACUUCGACAACGGCGCGACGCAGGUCAUUGUUGGCUCCCAUAAGUGGCCCGAAGCCUCUAUCUCCGGCCCUGCAGACCGAUCCCUCUGCUCGACAUGCGAAAUGAAGAAAGGGGAUGCGGUGUUUAUCAUUGGGAGCAUUUGGCAUGGAGCUGGUGAAAACAAGACAAACCCCCCAGAGCGCCGCAUUGUAUACUCCUGUCAUAUGACUCGCGGCUCAAUGCGCGCCGACGAGAACCAGUAUCUAGCUAUCGAUGCGGAUGUCAUCAAGGAAUAUGAGCCUGAGGUUCAGGCUUUGUUGGGAUAUUCUGUUAGCCAUCCAAACUGUGGCCAUGUUGACAUGAAAGAUCCCAUUACCCUACUGGGGAGCAAGGAGGAUCCAUUUGGAUAUGGAAGCUUCCAGGGGCAAGCUGCAUUGCCGGCCUCCGCUAUCUGA